AUGCAAUAUCAACACAUUUCUGCAUUUGCAGGAGUUGCUGUUUCUCAGGACUGGGAUGUAUAUUACACACCAAAGUCUAUCUGUGCUCUAAAGGGAUCUACAGUGACCAUGGGCUGCAGAUACACAUAUCCAGCUGGUUACACAGUUGAGAGAGGUAUCUGGAGCAGAGAGUUGGUUACAGAUAAAGAGCCUCCUGAUCUGACUUCAGACCCAAAGUACAGCGGCAGGGUUCAGUACCUCGGAGACACAUUGCGUGACUGCAGUCUCAGACUGAGUGAUGUGACAGAACAGGACCAAGGCAAAUACUACUUCAGAUUUAUAACAACAUUUGCUGGAGGAAAGUAUCAAGGUCAAGAUGGAGUUGACCUUUCUGUCACAGAGCUCGAGGUACAGAUUCCUGAUAGAGUGAUUGAAGGAGAUGCAGUCACUCUCACCUGUAAAACCAGGAACAGACUGAGUGGCAAUACAACAUUUAUCUGGUACAAAAGUGGACGUCGUUUAUCCUCCUCCACUAACCUGCUCCGUCUGCCAUCAGUCAGUCAGAGCGAUGUAGGCAGAUACAGCUGUGCUGUACAAGAUAGUCAGUCCUGUGAUGUCACUCUUGAUGUCCAGUAUCCUCCAAAGAGAGUCUCAGUGUCCAUCAGACCCUCUGGUAAGAUAGUAGAGGGCCGUUCAGUGACUCUGACCUGCAGCAGUAAUGCUAAACCACCUGCACAGAACUACACCUGGUAUAAGGGAGCAUCCUAUAUCAGAAGAGGAAAAACCUACACCAUCAACAAGACCAGCUCUGAGGACAGUGGAAAUUACACGUGCCGGGCUGGAAAUGAACAUGGACAACAGUCCUCUACUGCUGUGUCUCUGAAUGUCCUGUCUUCUCCAAAGAGAGUCUCAGUGUCCAUCAGUCCCUCUGGUGAGAUAGUGGAGGGCAGUUCAGUGACUCUGACCUGCAGCAGUGAUGCUAACCCACCUGUGCACACCUACACCUGGCAUAAAGGAACAUCCUAUAUAGGAACGGGAAACACCUACACCAUCAACAAGAUCAGCUCUGAGGACAGUGGAGAAUACAAGUGCAAGUCCAGUAAUCGAUACGGAGAGAAAUACUCUGAUGGAGUGACUUUAAAUGUUUUGUAUCCCCCUAAGAAUGUCUCAGUGUCCAUCAGUCGCUCUGGUGAGAUAGUGGAGGGCAGUUCAGUGACUCUGACCUGCAGCAGUGAUGCUAACCCACCUGUGGAGUAUAGCUGGUUUAAAGGAACAUCACCUAAAAGUAAUGGAAAAACCUACACCUUUAGAACCAUCAGCUCUGAGGACCGUGGAGUGUAUAAAUGCAAGUCUAGCAAUCAACAUGGAGAGAAAUAUUCUGAUGAAGUUACUAUAAAGGUUUUGUAUCCUCCAAAGAGAGUCUCAGUGUCCAUCAGUCCCUCUGGUGAGAUAGUGGAGGGUAGUUCAGUGACUCUGACCUGCAGCAGUGAUGCUAACCCACCUGUGGAGACCUACACCUGGUUUAAAGGAACAUCCUAUAUAGGAACAGGACAAUCUUACAUCAUUAACAGGAUCAGCUCUGAGGACAGUGGAGAAUACAAGUGCAAGUCCAGUAAUCAACACGGAGAGAAAUACUCUGAUGGAGCAACUUUAAAUGUUUUGUAUCCCCCUAAGAAUGUCUCAGUGUCCAUCAGUCCCUCUGGUGAGAGAGUGGAGGGCAGUUCAGUGACUCUGAACUGCAGCAGUGAUGCUAACCCACCUUUGCAGAACUACACCUGGUAUAAGGUGGAUGAAAGCUCACCUGUAGGAUCUGGACAGAGUUACAGCUUCACUCUGAGGUUCAGCAACAGUGGAACGUUUUACUGCGUGGCUCAGAAUAAAUAUGGGAAUCAGACAGCAGCUGCAGUGGCUCUCACUCUAAAUGGGGGCACAAGUGUAGUUCUGUAUGUAGUUCUUGGAGUGACAGUUGGAUGUGGAUGUUUAUUUGCCAUCAUUGGUGUUUUAUGUAUGAGGAGAAAGAGAAGAGGAGGUUCAGCUGAUGAUACCAAGUCUGGUCAGAAUGUUCACUCCAGUCCUACUGAAGACACGUACACAGCUCUUGAUCUUCAGACCAGGUCCUCCAGUGAAGUGUAUGACACACUUGGAAACAUUUACUGCAAUCCUACUGAAGACACGUACACAGCUCUUGAUCUUCAGACCAGGUCCUCCAGUGACGUGUACAGCACACUUGCAACGGAUCACCCGAGUCCUCCUGAUGACACGUACACAGCUAUGGAUUCUCAGUCCAUCUCUCCUGAUUACUACAAUUUACCAACUGCAAGAAAACAACAGUGAGAUCAUCAACAUCGACACCAUGUCAAGAGAGAGAGAGAGAGAGAGAGAGAGAGAGAGACAGAAGAUAGAUGACCAAUGCUAGUAUAGUUCUGUUUUUGAGCUGUGGAUCAAUAUUGAACUCUAUCUUUAAAUAGUUGAAGAGUGAGAGCUUUACAUUUAUGAACACAUAUAUAUAUUGAGAUUAACAACAGUGUGCAGGCAUUUUGAACCGUUCUGCUUUGCACCUAUGCAUCCUUUUUCUACGUGUGCUGUAUUUUUUUUUUUUCCUCUUUUUAAUUAGAGGUUUAUAUUUUUAUAUUUACCUGCUUAAGUAACACACUGUACUCAUGCUUCACUUAUUCUUUAAGCACAAAAAUGUGUGCUAUUAAGGAUUUACACAAUAAAAUCAAAUAUGAUGUAUAAUCUUUCAGCAUUUCAUGAGCAGUGAGGUAAUACCGUGUCCAGAGAGCCGUCACAUGAAACACAGAGC